AGCUUAAUCGUUUCUCAAGUUUCAAAAUCGAUGAUUUUAUAUCAAUUACCGCCUUUUUGAAAGGCUUUUCUUUUUCUGUUUCCUUUUGAUUGGAGUUCAAAUGUGCAAUGAAGCUACGUUCUGGAUAUCACUGAUGAAAAUGAAUUGCAAGCUCAUUGAUUAUCUCCUUGGUUUUGCCUUUUGCUUUCUGAUAAACAUACUCGUUUCAAACCUAUAACGGUUUAGUGUAACCAUAGGUAUAGUUAUGAAAUAUGGUAAGAGUUUGGAAGCCAGUUUAUUUUUUUUAAUAUGGUAAGAGUGUAUCGACUUCCUUCCCAACUAACUCUGCCUAUUUUCCUACUAAAAUUCACCAGUAAUUAAUUUUGGUUUUCUUCGUCCACACGUGCAAGUGAGCUCUAAAACAAGUUGAUUAUGAUUUACCUAGGAUUUAAUAUAUUUCCAAUCAAUCCUUAAAAACAACCUAUAAACAGUUUUGCAAGCAAUCCCAAGGAAAGUUUAAAGUACAAUAUAUAUCACCAUUUCAGGUUUUCAACUUUUUCCCAGCUCUUCUUUAUCACUCUGGGACAUAGAGAACAAAUAAAAAAAGGAUGUGUGGGACAUAAGUUGAAAAUAGAAACCGUGAUGAAUACAAAUUUCAUGUUCUAAGUAUUUUUUUAUAAAAGUAUUAGACCAUACGCAACGCAGGUUGUUAAGUAAUUCUUAGCGCAAAUCCUUAGGGAAAUUUGGAAUAAAAACGAUUAUUAAAUUAGGUUAAGUUAAGAAAGAAUCCUUACCUAAGGAUUUUUUGGCUUUGGUCCUAGAUGAGCUGGCAACACCUGAUUGGUGCGAAGAAGCGUUGUGUUUCGUAUAGCGAAACAAACUUUCAUUUACGCGUCUCGAUCUGAAAAAAAAAACCUCUACAUCUCUCCAGGCGAAGGCAAAGGCGAUUCGUCGAUCCGCGUCGUCGAAGGUAAAUCCGACCGUUUAAACUCAUUAUUUUUUCUUAUGGGGUUGAUGCAUGUUGAUUUCAUCAGUUUUUAGGGAUCCGAUUGUGAGAUUUGAAUAGCUUUCGGCCUUGAAAUCGAAUUGGGGAUUUAAUUCGAAUUAGGGUUUCCAUAUGGGUUUGCUUUUCUCUUCUUUUCGAUAAGCUUCUUCGUUGUUUCGUCGCGAUUACGGGUUCGGAUUGGAGUGUAAAUCGAUUUAGGGUUUUAUAAAUCGAUUUAGGGUUUUCUAAUUUGGGGAUUUUGAUUCGGUUUUAUUAUUUUGUUCUUGUAGGUUCUAAAUGGAGGAAGAACUGCGAGAUAUGAAAGCACACAAAGCAUACUACAACAUGCUUCAUUUCGUUUCAGAAGCCCAACAGGGAAUUCCCAAGUUGUGCCCCUGUGGAUCUAUCACGAAGGAGUUCGUCGACGAAGAGGAUUCAUAUGACUACCUCCCCGGGAAAAGAUACUUCAUCUGCAAAGAUUACCAGGUUCGAAAUGUUUUCUCUCUUUAUACUCCUUAUUGAUUUGCUGUUUGAUUAAUCAUUUAACGUUUUCGCAGAAUGACGGAAUGCAUUUCAGGCAACCAUGGGUUAUGGGUGUGCAACAAGAGAUUGAGAGGCUCAAACAUCGCAUGAUGGAGCAGGAGAAGCUUCAGCUAGAGUGCGAGGCGCUUAAGGUUAGUUUAUAAGUUAAUGUUCAAUCGUGUUUGUAUAAUCUUUUUAAAAUAUUGUUUGUUUUCUGUUAUGUUUCUGCAGAACCAGGUUAAGAUGCUUCUUCAGCGUGUGUCUGAACUUGAAAAAGUCUGCUGAGGUUAGUGUUUUGAAAUGUGUCUCCUUGUAGUUUAAUUUUGUAGUUUGAGAACAAAGUAGGAUAGUGCCUGUGUCUCCUUGUAGCUUGAGUUCAAAGUAGGACAGUCUGUGGGUAACUUUGUUGAAACUAGGAUCGUCCGUGUGUCUCCUUGCAGUUUAAAAACAAACUAGGAUUGUACUGGUUAACGUUCUAGUUUGAAAUUAAACUUAACUUCGUAGUUUAAAUGCACACCAAACCACCAUUAAAUUGUUCCUUAACUACUUCUUUUAGUCUAAAACAUUCAUUAAAUUGUCGUGAGCUGUUUUGAUAUGACAGUUUCCUACUAGGCUUCAAUGCUGUUAAUGUAGAAUCCUUUAUUUAAUCCUCUGUGUUUCUACUAGAGAAACACAGACUUCUUCUUCAAUGGCAAAUAACAAUGGUUAUGUUAACUUAUUAGCGAGCCAAGGAUCAAUUGACCUUGGCUCAUCACAACCUUUUUUCUUUACCGGUCAAAGUAGUGAUGAGUCUAGUGUCAAAGAGAGGAGAAAGUGGACACCGAAGGAGGAUUUAAUCCUCAUAGGUGCGUGGCUCAACACCAGCAAAGACCCAAUAGUGAGCAACGAACAAAAAGCUGGUGCCUUCUGGAAGAGAAUUGUAGAGUACUACAAUUCUAGUCCUCUCCUGGUUGGGACUAUCCCACGAGAACUUGGGCAAUGCAAGCAAAGAUGGGCUCGGAUCAACGAUUUGGUAUGUAAGUUUGCUGGCUGCUACGACAUGGCACUGAGGGAGCAGACAAGCGGGCAAAAUGACAACGAUGUGAUGAAGUCUGCCUUGGAUAUCUUCCACAUUGACCAGAACCAGAAGUUCAACUUGGAAAUGAUUUAAUCGAAAAUAUUUGGAACAAGUUUGGUGAUGAUGAAGAUGUAUAAUUAUUGUAUGUUUACUUUUAAUCAUUGAAUAAAAAAAAAUUUAAAAUUAAAUUUUUUUAAAAAUUUAAUAAUUUAAAAUUACUAAGGACCUCAUUUUGAGUAACACCAUUGGACAUACAUUUUAGACUCAAAUCCUUAACUAUUCAAAAAGCAAAAAAAACUACUAUUAUAAUCCUAAGGACUCUAAUGGUGGGUAACACCAUUGGAGUUGCUCUUAGUCUCUUUAAUUUAACAUUUUACCAAAACAAAAAACAUUAGUCUCUUUUAGAAGGCUAAGAGUACAACCGCCGUAGAAAAGAGAUAAAGUAAGUAGUGAUGUGCUUCGAGACCAAAUGCCUGAGCAAAUAAGAUGCGACGACUUGUCGAAUUUUUUUUUUUUUAUAAAGUAUAAAUUGCCACUGAUAUAUCAGUCAGUUAGCCAAUUAAUUAAUCAAGACACACAGUCGUUUUAGGGUUUCCACGUUGAUCCGAUUUAAGCAAAGGAAACAUUUGGUUAGGUUUGAAAGGUUAACAAAACAUAUAUAUUCAUAAGAUAUUUUAUGAUUUUUUAUACGUGACCUGCAAUUAAACCUCAGGUCCCCAACAGCUUUACCAAACCAUCUCCUUCCCACCAGUUUUCAAUCUUUUUAAAAAUUUGUUGAUAUCUUCGGAAGUUAGAAAAGCAGUUGUCUUGUAAACUGUAAUAGUCCAUUAGUUAUACCAAAAGGCAGUACGGUAGGAAUCUAUUCAUCAAGUUUGAUAUCCACAAAUCCUGGAAUAACAAAACGUUCCAUUGUCCCAUGUUUUGGCCAACUAUAUUGUCUUUAAUAUGUAAGAUGAAUUUAAUAACUAAGCUGAAAAAUAUUUCCACGUGCGAUAUACAUCUGUGGUAUGUACAUGAUUACUUUUUUUAUAUAGUUUCAUAAUGCGUUUAAGUUUUUCUUCAACUCUUACAAAUUAUAAUCUUAAAAAAAAACAAUAACAUGUUUUCCCUUUAAUAGUGUAUCUUAGACUAAUGAAGUAUUUUUCGAUAUAAAUACAAAAUUUUACAUAUAUAAGCAAGCAAUAUACAUUUUCGUAGGAAAAGCAAAUAUUCAUAGUUUUUAACCUUUUUGUAAUUAACUUUCUUUUUUUCUGAUAAGGACAUAGUUUUUUAACAUCUGAAACGUAAUGUAUAUUCGGUGCGUGAAUUGUAGUACGUACCUCCCAUCUUGAAUCAUAUGUUCUAGAAGUUGUCCAUAUAUGUAAAGCUGUGGAGUAUAAAUUAUUGCAUACCUAUACGGUUAUAUGAUUAUAUAUGCGUAUAGUAUUGCUGAAGAGUGUACAACGUAAUUGAAGUAUAUAUUGAUUCUUUCUCAAAAAAAGAAGAACUAUAUAUUGGUGGCUGAAGUAGAGGGUUUAGGUUAGAAAAAAAAUAUUUAAAAGUAGACGUUUUUUUUUUGCUAAAAUUUGGGUUUAAAAGUAGACGUUGAAAGUUUAACGAAGGUUCACCCCACCAAGCAAUCUCUGAUCCCCUCUGUGUUAUCUCAUUUUCUCAUUUUUGUUUGUUUGUUUGUUUGUGUUUUAUUAAUUAUUCAUCAACUAAAAAAGUCCAACAUAAACGAAAAUCUGUAAUGGAAAAUAUUUAUAAGAAAUAUAAUAUUAUAAGAAAAAAGAUGUGGAAAGUGUUCCAAAAAAAGAUGUGGAAAAUUAAUAAGAACAAAAGGUAGAUUACUUAAAAGGAGUGUGUUUGGUUAGGGAAGACGUUGGCAUCAGUCACCGGUGAAAACGUCUCUCCAAACUCCUAACGAAACUUAUAAUAUUCAUUAUUUUCCAUUCUCCAUAUAAUAUAUAUGUGUGUAUGUAUGGUGCUGUUGCUCUUCAGCUUUCUUCUUGUUCCUACAUACCCAUCUUCUCUCACCUACAUCAAACCUAGGGUUUCUUAUACCAAUUCUAUACAUCUAUAUAUAUAUAUUCAUCUAUCAUUAACAUAAGAUCACAGAUUCACAGAGAUUCAAAAUGAUGUGUAGUCGAGGACAUUGGAGACCUGCAGAGGAUGAGAAGCUUCGAGAACUCGUUGAACAGUUUGGUCCUCAUAAUUGGAACGCCAUAGCUCAGAAGCUCUCUGGUCGAUCUGGUAAAAGUUGUAGAUUAAGAUGGUUUAAUCAGUUGGAUCCUAGAAUUAACCGAAACCCUUUCACGGAGGAUGAAGAAGAAAGGCUUCUAGCUUCUCAUCGGAUCCAUGGAAACAGAUGGUCCGUGAUCGCAAGAUUUUUCCCCGGUCGAACCGAUAACGCUGUUAAAAACCAUUGGCACGUCAUCAUGGCUCGUCGUGGCCGAGAACUGUCCAAGCUACGUCCACGUGGUCUCGGCCAUGAUGGCACCACGGCUGCGACGAUUGGUUAUGACGGCUGCGAUAAAAAGAGAAGAUUGGCAACCGCAAGCACUAUCAGUUAUCCUCACCAGUUCUCUCAUAUUAGUCAUUUUCAGCUCCUCAAAGAGUUCUUGACCGGAAAGAUCGGGUUAUGCAAUAAUACUACUCCAAUCAACGAAGGAGCGAUAAACCAAACCAAAAGACCGAUUGAGUUCUACGAUUUUCUCCAAGUCAAGUCGGAUUCAAAGAAACCCGAAGUGAUAGACAAUUCAAGAAAAUACGAAGAAGAAGAUGGUGUUUCUGAACACAGCCACAAUCACAACGAGAAUUGUGUUCCCUUUAUCGACUUUUUGUCUGUUGGAAACUCUGCCUCUCAGAGUUUAUGUUAAUCCGUACUAUAAGGUAGAUCAUCUGUUAAUGACAUGUAAAGCUUACUAAUCAGUUAGAGCUCUUGUUUGAGCCAAAUGUUAACUAAGACAGCCCAACUUUUCUUGUACAUCAAAUCUAAGAUUGUUUAUUUAUAUAUGUUUGGUUUCAUUACGAA